GCUGGGCUCCAGCAGGACGGGUGGGCUGGGAGCCUAGAAGCCCGAGUGGCCUCCCUGACAGCGCCCCUGACCCAGCAUCCAGGCCGGCAGCUCCAGGACCCCCAGCACGAAGAGUCCAGGCCGGCUGCACUGCAGGGGGGUCCCUUGACUGCUCAGGAGCUGAGCCUCCUGGGUCCAGCUGGAGACCCCAAGCUGGGAGCAUCUCAGUCCCAGAAUCUCCAUGCACUCAGAGACUCCGGCCCAGGGGCGGUGUGGAAAGUCCCGGGGCCCAGCGCCCAGGGUCGGGGUUGUGGGCUUGGAGAGGGAGACGGGAACAGAGCGCUGCAAAGGCACCCAGCGCCUACUCCCAGCCAGCGUCUGGCCCUUCCCGCCUUGGCCCUGUCCCCUGGCCUGGGCCGCAGGCUCCUCCGCCCUCCCUGCUCUCCCGUCCAGAGCCCCGUGGGGAUGGCGGAGAGCGCGGGCCGCGCACGACAGAAGCGCCCGGGCUUCCUGGAGGGGGGGCUGCUGCUGCUGCUGGUGACCGCUGCCCUGGUGGCCUUGGGCGUCCUCUACGCAGACCGCAGAGGGAAGCAGCUGCCACGCCUUGCUAGCCGGCUGUGCCCCUUACAGGAGGAGAGGACCUUCGUAAAUCGAAAAACCCGAGGGAUCCCGGAGUCCCAGGAGGGGAGCGAGGUCUGCACCACCCCCGGCUGCGUGAUGGCAGCCGCCAGGAUCCUCCAGAACAUGGACCCGACCACGGAACCGUGUGACGACUUCUACCAGUUCGCGUGCGGAGGCUGGCUGCGGCACCACGUGAUCCCCGAGACCAACUCGAGAUACAGCAUCUUCGACAUCCUCCGCGACGAGCUGGAGGUCAUCCUCAAAGCGGUGCUGGAGAAUUCCACGGCCAAGGACCGGCCAGCUGUGGAGAAGGCCAAGACGCUGUACCGCUCCUGCAUGAACGAGAGUGUGAUAGAGAGGCGAGGCUCUCAGCCCCUGCUCGACACCUUGGAGGUGGUGGGAGGCUGGCCGGUGGCCAUGGACACGUGGAACGAGACCCCAGGCCUCACGUGGGAGCUGGAGCGGCAGCUGGCGUUGAUGAACUCGCAGUUCAACAGGCGCGUCCUCAUCGACCUCUUCGUCUGGAAUGACGACCAGAACUCCAGCCGGCAUGUCAUCUACAUAGACCAGCCCACCUUGGGCAUGCCGUCCCGAGAGUACUACUUCAGCGUCGGUAGCGACCGGAAGGUGCGGGAAGCGUACCUGCAGCUCAUGGUGUCGGUGGCCACGAUGCUGCGGGAGGAAGAGAACCUGCCCAGGGAUAGCCGCCGGGUGUGGGAGGACAUGGCACAGGUGCUGGAGCUGGAGACGCAGCUGGCCAAGGCCACAGCCCCCCAGGAGGAGAGGCACGAUGUCAUCGCCCUGUACCACCGGAUGGGCCUGGAGGAGCUGCAAAGACAGUUUGGCCUGAAGGGAUUUAACUGGACUCUGUUCAUACAAACCGUGCUAUCGUCUGUGAACAUCGAGCUGCUGCCGGAUGAGGAGGUGGUGGUGUACGGCAUCCCCUACCUGCAGAGCCUCGGAAGCAUCCUCGACACCUACCCAGCCAGGACCAUACAGAACUACCUGGUCUGGCGCCUGGUGCAGGACCGCAUUGGCAGCCUGAGUCAGAGGUUCAAAGACACACGGGUGAACUACCGCAGGGCACUGUUCGGCACGAUGGUGGAGGAGGCGCGCUGGCGUGAGUGUGUGGGCUACGUCAACAGCAACAUGGAGAGCGCCGUGGGCUCCCUCUACGUCAGGGAGGCCUUCCCCGGAGACAGCAAGAGCAUGGUCAGAGAACUCAUUGGUAAGGUGCGGGCGGUGUUCGUGGAGACGCUGGAUGAGCUGGGCUGGAUGGACGAGGAGUCCAAGGAGAAGGCGCGAGAGAAGGCCAUGAGCAUCCGGGAGCAGAUCGGCCACCCUGACUACAUCCUGGAGGAGAGGAACAGGCGCCUGGAUGAGGAGUAUUCCAGCCUGAACUUCUCAGAGGACCUGUACUUUGAGAACGGUCUGCAGAACCUCAAGGUGGGCGCCCAGCGGAGCCUCAGGAGGCUUCGGGAAAAGGUGGACCCGAAUCUCUGGAUCAUCGGGGCUGCCGUGGUCAAUGCGUUCUACUCCCCAAACCGAAACCAGAUCGUAUUCCCUGCCGGGAUCCUGCAGCCUCCCUUCUUCAGCGAGGAGCAGCCACAGGCCUUGAACUUUGGCGGCAUCGGAACGGUGAUCGGUCACGAGAUCACGCACGGCUUCGACGACAGCGGCCGAAACUUCGACAAGAACGGCAACAUGAUGGACUGGUGGAGUAACUUCUCCAGCCAGCACUUCCGGGAGCAGUCGGAGUGCAUGAUCUACCAGUACGGCAACUACUCCUGGGACCUCGCGGAGGAGCAGAACGUGAACGGAUUCAACACCCUUGGGGAAAACAUUGCGGACAAUGGAGGGGUGCGGCAAGCCUACCAGGCCUACCUCAAGUGGAUGGCAGAGGGCGGCAAGGACCAGCAGCUGCCCGGCCUAGCUCUCACCCACGAGCAGCUCUUCUUCAUCAACUACGCCCAGGUAUGGUGCGGGUCCUACCGGCCCGAGUAUGCCAUCCAGUCCAUCAAGACGGACGUCCACAGUCCCCUGAAAUACAGGGUGCUGGGCUCGCUGCAGAACCUGGCCGCCUUCGCAGACACGUUCCACUGCGCCCAGGGCACCCCCAUGCACCCCAAGGAGCGAUGCCGCGUGUGGUAGCCAAGGCCCAGCCGCGCUGCGCAGCCCACGCCCACCGCCGCUGGGAGGCCUCUGUGUGGAGAAGGUGCAGCCAGCGGGGACCCAGCGUAUGCCCCGCCCAGCUGGCCGUGCCAAGCCUGCCUGCCAGGCAUCUGCGCCUGGCCUCCAGCAAAGCCACCUGCCUGACACCCAGGGAUGAGCAGUGUCCGGUGCAGUGCCGGCCCCGAGCCCCCUCCACAGACACUCUCGGGGCUCAGCGCCCCACCACAGCCCCACAGUGACGGUCCACUGUGUCCUGCCCACCCUCCAAAGCGCACUGUCUCCCAGUGUCCACAGCUUCAGACUUGAGCUAAGUAAAUGCUUCAAAGAAAUCAGACGCCUUGCUGGUCUGGGACGGGUAGGGUGGGCAGACAGGUGGCAGUGGCCUCGGGCAGGACGGCUGCCUGGGGGUAGGGGGAGAGUGACAGCUGGGAGCUGAGGGUGAGGGAGCCGGUUCCAGCCAGAUUUCCCAGGGUCCAGUCCAGGGUCAGCAGUGACCAGGGUGCCCCCAAGUGCCUGCCCCCAGGAACCACAUGUUCAGAUGCGGGGAGCCCCGCUGGGACACCGGGGGAACCUACGGAGCUGCCUCUGGAGCCGGGAAUUUUAGCUGUGUAACUGAAAGCCAGAGGACGGGCUGAA